AAUAAAUAAGUGCUGCUGAAAGAACCCUGCCACAUUGCACCAACUAGUUGCAGGAUUCAAUUCCGACUGCAUGCGGUGUGCAACUGGAUACUUUGUAUUCGUCUCUGCCCAAUGCUUGAACAAGAUUUACUCUUCAUCCCUCCAAUCACCUCCAAUCCAGAAAGCAAGAGCCAUCCGGCGGCCGCUUUGCUAUGACAUCCUCCCCGCAUCAAGAUGCAUGAUCAACCACUACUUGCAAAAUUUUAGUCAAGGCCAUCCUAUCAGGUGCACCGUGUAUACUCCUUAUCAAUAACACUGCAUUGUCUUUUGAGAGAUUUUCAAGAGAGACAUAGAACCUCUUAAAUAAAAGACUUUGGAUGGAAUCGGUCCGAGCGGGAGGCACAGCCGAAGGAGGUGGCGGGACUGAUAACAGACUAGCGCAUUCGAUAAGAGGGUCCAACGGUGAUUCAUACACCAGAUUUACCUGUCCAGGCCACCAUUUCCGACACAGUCAUUACGCAUAUCCAACAAGGAGAUCGAACCAUAAUCUGCGAACAGCUG